AUGUGGCGUAGUGGAUUACUGUGUCAGCGUUCGAGUCCCUGGGGUCAGAAGGCUUUCUCUGGAUACCUGGGGUCGGACAGAGACACCUGGCAGGUGAAUGAACCUGUCAAUGAUGAGAACAAGCUGACGGCCAAACCGAGGCUGCAGAGGGAGGGAAGCUGUGCUUCUUUACACAACUCACUGAUGAGGAACAGUAUCGUUCAGCUCAUGAUACACACACUUGACCCUCUCAGUGACGAAGGUACGGGGCGUUUCAAAGAAAAAGCAUCAAUCCUUAACAAAAUGGCCAAGCAGAAGUGUAAAGAAGAUGCUGUCACUGCUAACGGUGUAGCCGAUAAAAACAUCCCAAACAGUUCAAACGUUGCAGUGGAAGUCACACCGCCCAGUAACGGUGUUGCAGGAGGGGAAGAAGAAGACGGUGAUGAAAAUGAUGACGAUGAACAGCCUCUGAGCCUGGCCUGGCCCGACACCAACAGGAAACGUAUCAUCUACCUGGUUAUCCUGCCCAUCAUCCUGCCACUGUGGCUCACACUGCCCGACGUCAGGAGAGAGACCUCGGCCAGAUUCUUCCCUGUCACUUUCAUCGGUGCCAUUUCUUGGAUUGCUUUCUUCUCCUACCUGAUGGUGUGGUGGGCUUACCAGGUUGGAGAAACGUUCUGGAUUACGGAGGAGAUAAUGGGACUGACUAUACUAGCAGCCGGCACUUCAAUCCCGGACCUGAUCACCAGUGUGAUUGUGGCGCGAAAAGGACUGGGUGACAUGGCCGUGUCCAGCUCUGUCGGCUCCAACAUCUUUGAUAUCACUGUGGGUCUGCCAUUCCCCUGGCUCAUCUACCACAUCAUCAACGACUUCAAACCGAUCCAGGUCAGCAGCAACGGACUGUUCUGCGCCAUCGUCCUACUCUUCCUCAUGCUCCUCUUUGUCAUCAUCUCCAUCGCGGCUUGCAACUGGAAAAUGAGCAAGUCUCUCGGCCUUCUCAUGUUCCUGCUGUACGUUGUGUUCCUGGUCCUCAGCGUCAUGCUGGAGGACAAAAUCAUUACCUGCCCCAUCACCGUCUGAGAGAAGCCACUUCCACCUAACGCCAGAGAGCUGAAAUUAAGAGCGAAGGGGUUCAAGUGUACCCUGAUUUACUAUAGGAGAGGAAGGA